CCAUAGUAUUAUCAUUCAUUAAAAAAUAAAGGUUGCUCUAUACAGAGAGCAGAAAAAUGGGUUCUAUCCUCCAUUUCCUAGCCCUCACUCUGUCUUGCUCCUUCCUUUUCUUUUCAUCCAACUCCAAUCCCCUGCCCCAAUCCCACCACAGUAUUCCUAGUAACCCUCCAAAACCCAUCAACCUCCUAGUCCUCCCAGUCCAACAAGACGCACCCACUGGGCUUCACUGGGCCAACCUCCAAAAAAGAACCCCUCUAACCCAACUCCCCCUCCUCCUGGACCUCAACGGAAACCACCUCUGGCUCAACUGCCAGCACCACUACUACUCCAAAACCUACCAAGCCCCCUUCUGCCACUCCACCCAAUGCUCCCGGGCCAACACCCACCGAUGCUUAACCUGCCCCGCAGCCUCCAGGCCCGGCUGCCACAAAAACGCCUGCGGCCUCGUCUCCACCAACCCCAUCACCGAACAAACGGGCCUGGGCGAGCUGGGCCAAGACGUACUCGCCAUCAACCCCAUCCAGGGGGCCCAACUCGGCCCACUCGUGACCGUCCCCCACUUCCUCUUCUCCUGCGCCCCCGCCUUCCUCUCCCAAAAGGGCCUCCCGAGAAGCGUUGAAGGAGUAGCAGGCCUGGGCCACGGGCCCAUCUCCCUCCCGAACCAACUGGCUUCCCACUUCGGCCUCCAACGGCAAUUCAGCACGUGCCUCUCACGCUCCCCGGCUUCAAAGGGAUCUAUAAUCUUCGGAGACGCAUCAUCGAGCAUGAGCAUGUUCCACGACAUGGCUUUCACCCCACUCACCAUCACCACCCAGGGCGAGUACAACGUGAGAGUGGACUCAAUCAGAAUCGACUCACAGCUCUUGACCCCGCCCACACAAACCAAACCAUGGUCCUCCGAAGACACCGAAGCCGGAGGGACCACCAUAAGCACCUCAACCCCUUACAUGGUCCUCCAAUCCUUCAUUUUCGAGGCCUUCACCCAGAGGUUCGCCCACCAGAUACCGGAGGAGGUGAAGGUGGAGCCGGUGGCGCCGUUUACGCUCUGCUGCGACGCAAACAAGGCAAGCAAGUUCCCCAAGGUGGAGUUCGUCAUGGACAGGCCCAAUGGGCCGGCCUUUAAAUUCUCCGGGGAAGAUCUGAUGGUGCAGGUGCGCCCUGGGGUCAAGUGUUUGGCCGUUAUCAACGGAGGGCUGCAAAGUAAGGCUCCCAUUACGAUUGGCGCGCGGCAGUUGGAGGAGAAGCUCCUCGUGUUCGAUCUGGCCAGGUCCAGGCUCGGCUUCACCACCAAGCCUGCACUCAACUUCAAGUGUGCUAAUCUCUUCAACUUUCCCAAUGCCUGAGACAAACUCUGCUUCUUUAUCAUAUUAAUAAAGUCUAAGUCCCACUAUAAGACUUGAUCACCUCAA